AUGGGCGAGUUGCCCGUCACCGAGGGGGUGCCCGGGAUAGGAGAGAGAGAGGGAGCAGACAGGAGGCCCGGGGCUUUGCUGCUGGCACCUUUGCUGGCGGACAGAGACGAGGACGGGGUCAGGUUCAAGGGCCGGAUAUGCGAGGAGGAGCGCCGGCGGUGGUGCGUGGAGCUGCUGGCUGGGGUUUCUGAGGAGGACGAGAACGAUUCAGGCAUGGACGAGAGCCGGAGAGCAGAGAAGCGAGCCGCGGGGCCUGUUUCGCAGGUUCAGGUCAGCAAUCGGGCCAUCCUGGCGCGGGAGUUGGCUGAUAUUUUUUUUCUCUCCACGGUGGAGACAGCAGCGCAGAGGAUAUGGAGACUGGCCAACAACUCGCUCCAGAAGAAACGACGGCGAGCCUGGUCGUCAGUCCGUCGGGCCCUGCUGGGUGCACAGAGGAGAGGGAAAGGGAAUAAAAAGGAGAGAGAGAGAGAGAGAGAGAGAGAGAGAGCAGCAGAAGUUGGAGAUGGACGUGUUUUUCUUUUUCCGCCAGCAACAACAACCGCUCUGCUGCCCCCGUCGAGUUUCUCUGCGUCGCUGUGUCACUGCAGGCGUCCUCUGGCUUCUUUUUUUCCCCCGGGGGCUGCGUCUGCUGGGCCAGGAUGUCUUGGAUUGCGAUACGAGCUGAGCGAUGGAGAGACACAGCGAAAAGACGACCAAGACGAAGACGAAGACAAGAUUCGACGGAGAAAGAGACUUUUUUUUCUUCUUUUCUUCCGCAAGAUUCAAGGGGACGGCGGCUUUGCUUGGUUCAGCUGGUUACUGGUCGAGGUCCUUUUUUUUCUCUCCUCUGUCGACCAAACUACGGGAGGACCGUCUGGACCGCCACCGCGAGAUACAGCCAAUGACAGCGCCAUCCAGGGGAGGAGGAAAAUGGGCCACCAGAGGGCGCUGAGCCAGCAAAGGGGGAACCGCCUCUCCGCUCUUCUUCACCUCCCGUACGCGCUCUCUUUCGCCUGGCUUGCCCCCUGA